AUGACUCGUUCUUCUUCACUAAGCCAUGAAGAGGAAUGUUCAGCCUUGUUUCAGUUUAAGCAAAGCAUAAUUCAUCAAGGUGAUGUGGCUUGUGUUGCUAGUUGGUUUCAAACGUUUAACUCUUGGAAGACCACAAGCAAUGCAUCAGAUGCUCGUUUUGAUUGUUGUUCAUGGCAUGGGGUGGAGUGCAGCAACAACCAUGUUUAUGGCCAUGUAGUCAGCCUUGACUUGAGUGAAAGCUUUCUUUGUGGGCAUAUCAACUCUACCAACACCCUCUUCAGCCUUGUUCAUCUUCAAAGCCUCAACCUUGCUAUGAACUACUUUGAUGAAUCUCAAAUCCCACAUGAGAUUACUCGUCUAAAACAGUUAAAAAGCCUCAAUCUCUCUCAUUCUGGUUUUAGUGGCCAAAUCCCAAAUGAGAUCGCAAAGUUGACACACUUGUCUUCUUUAGAUCUAUCAGGGAAUCCACUAAAGCUUCACAAUCCUAGCCUCAAGAACCUACUACAAAACUUAACAGCACUCGAAGAAAUCCAUCUCUCAGGGGUUGACAUUAGUUCUUCUGUACCUCAUUUCUUGUCCAACUUUUCUUCUUUGAGCUCAAUAAGGUUAUCCAAUUGUUGGCUUUCGAAUGAAUUCCCUGUCACUAUAUUUCAACUACCAAAGUUGAAAAUUCUUGAUGUGGCAUACAAUAACAACCUCACUGGUUCCUUUCCUGAAUUCCAUAACAACAGUUUACUUGAAUAUAUAAAUGUAAGGGAAACAGGUUUCUUUGGGAUUGUACCUGAAUCCAUAAGCAAUCUACACCAUUUAACCUACUUGCGCCUUACUAAAUGCUCUUUCUCAGGGGGGAUUCCAAGUUCACUAUCUAACUUGACACAACUCACUCUCUUGGGUCUUGGUUACAAUAAGUUCACAGGAUUUAUUCCUUCGUUGGUAAGUCUUUCCAAACUCAAGUCUUUGGAACUUACAGGUAGCAAAUUCGAGAAGGGACAUUUGCCCAAUUGGCUUAACAAGAUGACUAAACUUAGUAGUCUGUAUGUAUACAAUACAGACAUAACCAGUGAAAUCACACCCCAUCUUGCAAACCUAACAAAACUUAGUGUUCUUGCAAUGGGAAAAAAUUCUCUUACUGGUCAUAUUCCAUCAUGGCUCUUCAACCUCACCCAACUAACAACGUUAGACCUUCAACAAAAUCAGUUGCAAGGACCAAUUUUAAGCUCAUUUUCCAACUUGAAAACCCUUCAAUAUCUUCACCUAGGUUCGAAUAGUUUCAGUGGGAGUGUAGACUUAGACAUGUUCCUACAACUCAACAAACUCGAGACUCUUGGGUUAGGUUACAAUAGGAUAUCAUUAACGUCCAUCAACAACUACACCAAUAAGACCUUACCAAAACUUAAACUCCUAGCACUAUCGACAUGUAACUUGAAGGAAUUCCCUACCUUUUUGCAAUUCCAAAAUACGUUGGAAGUCUUAUUUCUCGACAACAACAAAAUUAAUGACAUGGUACCCGUGUGGAUCUGGAACAACAGCAAAGAAUCAUUACAAGUGAUUGACCUUUCCAACAACUCCAUCACUGGGUUUCAUCGGCAUCCUCAAAUUCUCCCAUGGAGACGUUUACAAGGAUUUUCCAUCAAGAAUAAUCAGAUCCGAGGGCAGCUACCAAUUCCACCACAAACCACAGUUGUUUAUUCAUCCUCAAAUAACAAUCUAACUGGAGAAAUACCACCAUCGAUAUGUGAAGUGAAAUCUCUCAAAGUGUUGGAUUUGUCUUCUAACAACAUGAGUGGCACUCUUCCUCCGUGUUUUGGUGCCUUAAGCAAUUCAUUGUUGAGUUUAGAUCUAAGGCAAAAUAACUUUCAUGGCAUGAUGAUGGAUUUGUUUAUGCAUGGCAGCCAGCUAAAAAAUAUUGAUUUGAGCGAAAACCGAUUUAUGGGUCAGAUUCCAAGAUCAUUGACGAAUUGUACUAAUUUAGAGGUUCUCUCUCUUGGAGAUAACACUUUUGAAGACGUCUUUCCUUCUUGGCUGGGAACUCUUGCCAAGCUACAAGUUCUCAUUUUAAGAUCCAACAAAUUUUAUGGUUCAAUUCAAGGUCCAACGAGUACUGUUUGCUCACAAUUCCCUAAGUUGCGGAUCAUAGACCUCUCUCACAAUGGUUUUCGUGGCCAAUUGCAUGGAAAUUAUUUCCAAAACUGCAAUGCCAUGACAUCGGUUUAUGAUGGUGAAUCAUCUGUUAUGAAAUCAGAUAUGUCCUUCAAAUACUUCAAUUCAAGUAUGCCAUACACGAUGACAAUAAUACACAAAGGUGUCAAAACGGAAUACAAAAAGAUUUUAACCAUAUAUACGGCUAUUGAUCUCUCUUGUAACCAUUUUGAAGGAGAAAUCCCGCUAUCACUCAAAGAACUCAUAGGGCUUGAAGCACUCAAUCUUUCCAACAACCAUUUUACCGGACGUGUCUUGGCAUCCUUUGGUUACCUAAAGAAUCUUGAAUCUUUGGAUCUCUCUAGAAACGAGCUAUCUGGAGAAAUUCCUCAACUGUUGGCGCAACUCAAUUUCCUUUCUAUUUUCAACGUGUCAUUCAACCAUCUUGAUGGGCACAUUCCCCUAGGGCAACAAUUUGAUACAUUUGAGAACAACUCAUAUGAGGGGAAUCAUGGGUUAUGUGGGAAACCUUUAUCGAAGGAAUGUGAGGGUUUAAAGUUGUCAAGAUUUCCACCAACAAGCAAUGCAUCCGAGUCUCUCCUCCCGAGCGAAAGAAUUGAUUGGAUCGUUAUUUUUUGUGGAAUUGGAAGUGGGUUGGUUGUUGGGGUUGUUAAUGGGAACUUUUUGAAUACAAGGUAUAGUGAUUGGUUCAUAAAGAGGAAGGAUAGAUGGGUAAGGCCACUUCGUAACACAAGGAGAAACCAAGGAGUGCUAUAGCUUCAAGUUUGGAGCACAAGGAGAAGGUCUAGAAGGCCUAAGCUUCAAG